GGAAAAGGAGCCACAGGAAAUGAGCAGUAGUGGUGCCAUGAGCUUCAAGGCAUCACGGAGUGUGGUUCAGUAACUCAGAAGUGGCUUGGCUGGGCGAUACUGCAUCAGGGUUUCUCAUGAGGUUGUAGUCAGGUGUUGACCAGGGCUGCCAUCAUCUGAAGGCUUGACUGGGGCUGGAGGAUUGACAUCUAAGGUGACUCACAUGGCUUGCAGUUGAUGCUGAUAUGCCACACUUCUGCCUGCCGUUGGCAACCCUCCUGGACUAGACUGCUUUUGUUAAUCACAUGGAUGUUGCUGGUUACUUUGUUUGGGCGCAGACCUCUUCACUGUUCAAGAGGGACAGGAGCCUGGCAAGGGACUUCAAGAGAACGAUUACUCACCCCAUCAUUACCGUUCCCCCUGAGUCAUCCAGUUUCAAUUGAAUAAGAAUCUCCAGGCAGUGGACUCUAGGGCCAAGCUUCCGGUUUAGUCAUAUGAAUGAUAUAAAUGUGCCCCGGACGUGGAGCCAUGGUUCAUUCUGGCACUUGAAAUACAUCAUUGAACAACAUCAGAAUUAAUCCAAGGCCCUUUAGCCGGUAGACUGAGUUCCUUGGGGCAGGAACCUUGCCUUCUUCAUCUUGAAUUCCUAGGACUAAGAAAAAUAAUGACUAAAAAAAUACUUGUUUUCUAAGCAGAUAUAUGAAUUGUGGACUUUCCCAUACCCGAGGUCAGAAUGCUGCUCCUCUGUCAUGCUCUAGCUGUAGCUGUUAUCCAGAUCUUUAUCUUCUCGGAAAACUGGGCAUUUGCCAAGAACAUCAACUUCUAUAACGUGAGGCCUCCUCUCGACCCUACACCAUUUCCAAACAGCUUCAAAUGUUUUACCUGUGAAAACGCAGGGGAUAAUUAUAACUGCAAUCGAUGGGCGGAAGACAAAUGGUGUCCAGAAGAUACACAGUACUGUUUGACAGUUCACCACUUUACCCGUCAUGGAAGAAGUACAUCCAUCACCAAAAAGUGCGCCUCCAGAAGUGAAUGUCAUUUAGUUGGCUGCCACCACAGCCGAGAUUCUGAACAUACAGAGUGUCGGUCUUGCUGUGAAGGAAUGAUCUGCAAUGUAGAAUUACCCACCAACCACACUAAUGCAGUCUUCGCUGUAAUGCACGCUCAGAGAACGUCUGGCAGCAGUGCCCCCACGCUCUACCUCCCAGCUCUUGCCUGGGUCUUCAUGCUUCCGUUGCAAUGAUGCCGCCAUACCAAGGAGAGGCAGAGACCCGCCCUCUGAAGCACAAGCUAAAAACUGUGAAAUCAGUGAAUUUCUGAGUGAAGAUGGAUCUUGCACUUGGUGAAGAGUGCACAUUGGACCCCAAAGCAGAAGCCAUUUUUUGCUUGGCUACGAUGCUCCUGCAUGAGGCUGCUGGAUUGAGGAAGGGGAUUUGGCAGGGACUGAGGGGAUUAUCUGGUUUCCAGGCUUCCUGGUCAAGGGGGCUGCAUUCUGUCACUUCGGCAGGGCGGAUCCUGCCAGCAUCUACAACUGGCAGGUUGCAAUAGCCUAUAUUGUCCCCGCCUGACCAGGCCUUUAGUUGAAAGGACUCCUUGACCUCAUUGACUUCUUCCAAGGCUGCUGGGUCAGACCCUCUUGUUUCUGUGAUUAGCUCAGAGCAUCUCUAUGAAAUCUAACCCUUCCCCCGAUAAGAAAGUAGUUUCCCCACCAACAGCGUAGUCAAUGAGAAAGGCAACUGUAGGAAGAAGACUUUCAGUUGAACUAAUAUGAAACUCAUUUGUGAAUUGUGGGGGGAAAUAAAGGUUUUAAAUUAUACAAUGUAAAA